AUGCCGCAUCAGUAUGGGAGUGAGGUUUCUGCAACGAGCAUCUUCAGUCACAGCACUGUCCAAACGACUGAGACAGAUGUCGAAAGCAAAUUUGCCACAGAAGUUAGCACUGAAGAGCUCCGAGGACCCCUAGGACUGAAUCUUCUGGCUUCUCCAGAACAACCUCUAAUCGAUUUGAUAUUCGUUCAUGGUCUCGGAGGUGGUUCCAGAAAAACGUGGAGUAAAACAACUUCUGCUUCGCAUUACUGGCCAAAGGAAUGGCUUCCUAGGGAUCCCGCGUUUAAGAAUGCUCGGGUGCACAGUUUCGGAUAUGAUUCUGACUGGAUCAAGGGUAAGGAUAAUUGCCUGGACAUCUAUCACUUCGCCCGAUCUUUGUUGGGCGAAUUGAGUACUUCACCCCGUUUGCACAAUGCAGAUACACCAAUCGUUUUCAUCAGCCACAGCAUGGGCGGUCUGGUCGUCAAAAAGGCGUUUCUGUUGGCAAAGCAAGAUGCGACAGAUCGCUAUCUGGUCAAAAGAAUUCGUGCCAUGUACUUCCUCGCGACACCUCACCGAGGCUCUGAUUCUGCCAAGCUUCUAAGCAAUAUCCUCAACAUCGCGUACUCGUCGCGUGCCUACGUCUCAGACCUGAAGCGCGGAUCGGACGCUAUAAACUUGAUUAAUGACGAAUUCCAUAGGCAUUCAGAAGACAUAGAUCUUUGGUCAUUUUACGAAACACAAAAGCUCAGCCUAGGUGUUUUCCGUGUGCUGAUCGUUGAUCCCGACUCGGCUACACUUGGAUAUCGCGAAGAGAAACGAAUACCUUUGAACGCGGACCAUCGCUCCAUAUGCAAAUUCGAAGCGCCAAGCGAUCCAAAUUAUAUACUCAUCCGCAAUGCACUCGCGUCCACAAUCAACAGUGCCACGGUAUCAGCGCUGAAAUCGAAGGAGAGGCUACUUCGGAGCAACAUCAAAGACCUGGGGGAAUACCUAGACGUGUCCGACAAGUUGGAGGACGACUUGAUACUCGUUCAAGAUGCCCGCUUGCCGGGGACUUGCGAAUGGAUACAAUCGAAGAAAAGUUACCUAGAGUGGCAUGACAACGCCAAUGCUGCACGUGUGCUUUGGCUCUUCGGAAAACCUGGGUCUGGCAAGUCGGUACUUUCAGGAUACUUGAUUUCUCAGUUACGCAUGAAGCAUGAAGCUUGCAGCUUCUUCUUUUUCAAACACGGGGAGAAGUCCAAGUCACGGCUUAGUGCCUGCCUUCGAUCUCUCGCUUUUCAAAUGGCUUGCGCAAACAGUGGGAUUCUGCAACUACUGCUUGACAUGCGUGAAAGCGAUGUAAAGCUCGAUGGUCACGAGGACCGUAUCCUCUGGCGAAGAUUGUUUUCGUCUGGGAUCUUUAGAACAGAAUUCCGUCGACACUACUGGGUCAUUGAUGCUCUCGAUGAGUGUGCAAACCUGUCCUCUUUCUUCGAAAUUGUGCUUGGCCAGCUUGAUCCCUCAGUCCCGCUGAGAAUUCUGGUCACAAGCCGACAAACGUCGGACAUCGAAAGGUGUAUUACAAUGUUAGGAAAUAACCAAGUCCGAGCGGAGCUUAUCUCAUCUGCGGACACGAAGAAUGACCUGGAAUCGCUUGUUCGAGCGAAAGCCAGUACCCUAAUUGUCAGAACCGAGGCUGAUCGUGCUGCUUUGGCGGAAAGAAUUCUAGCGAAGUCUCAAGGAUCUUGGCUUUGGACUGUUUUGGUUCUCAAUGAGUUGUCUGACUCACAUUCGGAAGAGGAGAUUCGCCAGGCCCUCGCGGAAGUGCCCAAGGACAUGGAAGAACUUUACUUGAGAACACUAGACUUGAUGUCACGAACUACACGUGGCAAGAGGCUGAUUAAAGCUAUCCUUGCCUGGGUUACAACUGUAACGCGGCCUCUAACUGUGGAGGAGCUUGAAGAAGCUUUGAAACUAGAUAUCAACGAUAUAUUCCCUAGAUUGAGGGAAAGCAUAAGUGCAUUGUGCGGGCAGCUGGUGGCUAUUGAUAAGUUUGACAGAGUCCAGAUGGUGCAUGAAACUGCUAGGGAGUUUCUAUUGAACAACAGUUUGCAUUCAGAGUUCGCGAUCGAUACGGCCGAUGCUCAUACGCGUAUCGCAAGAGCUUGCCUUACGUACCUUGCAGGGGAGGAGAUGAGGCCACCGAGGACCAAUAGGCGAGCCAUUUCAAGGACCCCAGCCGACAAGCGAAGCGAGUUCUCUAGCUACGCUUCCUUACAAUUCUCUUAUCACCUAAUGAAGGCCAAUCCACUAGCAGACGACCUUCUGACUUUACUUGACAAGUUCCUGAAAACCAACGUCUUUUCAUGGAUCGAAGUUAUCGCUAGAAGUAAGAAUCUCAUGCCACUCAUCCGCACUGCGAGGAACCUGAAAAUAUAUUUGAAUGCCUGCUCCGGCCAGCGGUCACCGCUCGCGACUGAAUUACAAAGGGUGAGAGGUUGGAUAACGGACUUGAUCAGAAUUGCCGCAAAGUUCUCAGAUACUCUCAUCAGCCUACCGUCGGCGAUAUACUCGCUGAUACCCCAAUUCUGUCCCUUAGAAUCGACAGUGCACAAGACUGCAAGCCCCGGGCGAAAGAUAUCUGUUAUUGGAAUGUCGAACGCUUUGUGGGAUGAUCGACUCUCUUGCAUUGAUUUCCAUCAAGGCCAAACUAGCGCACUCAGCCAUGGACACGAGUUUUUUGCGGUGGGGUUGAGUACCGGUCAGAUAUUCGUGUACUACGUGACCACUUGUCAGGAAUACAAGAAGCUUGAUCAUGGAGAGGCGGUUCUGUUCCUGCAGUUCGGAACCAAGGCGGAGUUACUCGCCUCGUGUGGGUUGAAGAAGGUUUCAGUAUGGGACUUUCGGAACGGUCAUAUCCUUUACAGUUUCGAAGUGGCGGCUAGGCCUAUAGGACUUACAUUCGACGAAGAUUUCCUGGUUAUUCCAACGUACAAAAAUUACUUGGCGUCUUGGGACCUGAACAACAAUGGCGCUAGACAACCAGACAGGCCGUGGAAUGACACAGGCGAUGACGACUGCGCGCGAUCGAGGCGAGUUCCAAGCGCAAUUUCAAUCUCCUUCGGACAUAGAAUGCUCGCAGUCGCAUAUAGUGGACGACCGAUUGCUCUCUGGGACCUCGAAGAAGAUGCUUAUUUUGGUUCUUGCGGCAAAAAACUUUCCGAUGGUGGAACGAGCACGCAUUUGGUGACAGCCCUGGUAUUCAACCCCAACCCAGCUAUUGGUCUGCUUGUUGCAUCAUACCUUGAUGGUGAACUUGUUCUUCUCAAUCCUUUUGACGAUCAAAUUCUGGAAAGUCAUCGCGCGAAUUGCCACACGCUCGCAUCCAGUCCAGACGGACGCCUGCUUGCAGGAAGUGCUGGAUUCGGAGCAAUUCAGAUAUACGAAUUCGAUACCCUCACGCUGCUUUACCGAGUCCAAGCAUCGAGUCUCCAUAUAAAACAGCUAUCUUUCAGCAUCGAUAGCCUGCAUUGUGUCGAUAUUAGAGGAUCGCAAUGCAAUGUUUGGGAACCGCCGAUGCUCCUUCGGAGUUCAGUCGGUGAUGAUACGAGCGAAAACUCGUCGCAAUCGUUUGUAGAUGCGAUUUCCACGGACACCAAGGUCAAGAUCAGCGCUAUUGCAGUGAACAGUGACAGGGAUGUUGUCCUAUGCGGCCGCGAUGAUGGGUCUGUCUCAUUGUACGACCCAAGAACUGGGUCUAGGAAGCUUGAAAUCUGCCGUCACAACUCACCAGUUCGCAUCUUGGAAUGGUGGACUCAACAUGACCUAGCUAUCAGCAUUGAUGUAUCAAACAAGAUACUCGCCUGGAAUGUGAGAAAGUCGGCACAAGGCGAAUGGGUUGCCGAGAGAAUGGCAUUUCAGUCCCGACUAGAGUCUGGCAGUUCCAUCGUUCAAUUGCUCACGUCGAAAGCAAUUGGCAAGUUCCUCAUAUCAACGCAUGAAUCAGAUCAUCUGUGGCAAGUUGAUGGCCACGAGGAGAAUUCACGAAUAUAUACCGAUAGGCUAGGCGUGCGGAAAUGGGUGCAGCAUCCACGCUCAGCACAUCACGCAAUUUGCUUUGAAAGUACAGCUGUCCGAGUGUAUACUUGGGAUAAGUGGUUACAGGUCCUAUCUGUGUCACUUGACAUCAGUGUGCGAGAGCUGGAGUUUAAGAGCAUCAAACAAUUUGCGUUUCAUACUGCAAAGGGUGUUCUUAUUGAGCUCUCCGAAUCAGGCGGCCCGGCGAAGACUCAGAACCUAUAUCUUCUGGACGCACAAUCCUUCGAAGCUAAUAAUAAAUACAACGUCAAGGAUGUCGUCGCAGUAUCAACAGGCUUAGACGACGCUCUAGCACCAUUAUCAAUAGUCGAAGGUCAAGGCGUGCAAGAAGGUGAGCCGCUGGUUUCACCAGUGGAGCCAAGGCUCGCUCUACUGGCACAGAGGGUCGCACACGUUAUUGGAAUUUGCGAAUCUAGUAGACUGGUCUUCCUCGACACCGGCUCCUGGGUAUGUUCUGUGAGACUAGAAAAUCGAACACCUGAUAUAACAUCAUACAGCAGGCAUUUCUUCAUCCCGUACGACUGGGUCGCGGGGUCGCGGGACGUAAUUUGCGCCGUGCUUCGGCGGGAUAUCCUCUUUGCACGCAAUGACGAUCUCGUUAUUAUCAGGGGUGGAUUCGAUUUUACGGCAGAGAUUCACCUGAAGGAGUAA